AUGGCGCAACCACACUCAACGAUCACCAAAUCUGAGCCUUGUGGCAGCAAUGGGAGAAGAGUCACCAUCGUCCACAUGUCAGAGGACCACUUCUCCGUACAAGCAUCUCCCCCGCCGCCACCACAGCCGUCGACAUACCUCCAGCUCCCCGAAGGCGAUCGCUCGAGAAGGCCCACAGCCAUCCAUGAACCAUCCUCAUGCUUCUUCGCCAGACGAGUAUGCGAAGAGGAAGUACAGUCACCGAUGUACCUCCACUACCCACCCAGCGGUGUGAGAACGUCCUCAGUCGCGCUCACGCCGCCGUCUCCCGUUCUCUCCGCCAGCGAACCGGGAACGGCGCCGCUACAGUCGCUGUCGAUCUCACCACGGCCUUCUUGUUAUGAUCGAGAAGAGUCCCAACCUCUCUGUCUGGACCCGCAGCUCUCCGCCACAACACCAGGCCAGUCGCCAGUACAGCGACCGACAAACCCUCCGAACCCCACUUGUGCGUCUGGAGAAGCUGCUCAACCGCCAAAACGCCUCCGGCGCUGUACACCGCCCCUCGCUCCGGUGAGACAGCCUUCUCCCAAGGAGGUUAGAGAGCAUGCGAGGCAGUGCCGCAGACGCGUGUGGGAGGCCAAACGUAGCAUCUGGGGCUGGCGCAAGGUGCCGGAUUGGAGGGCGCAGCCGGUGUUGGUUUUUAGUGAUGAUGAGGAAGAUGAAGAGGGGAAGGAGGAGGAGGAUGCGUCCGAUGAAUCCAGUGAAUCUGACGAAGACUCAUCUUCGGACGAGGAGUCGGAUGCAGAGGGGGGUGAAGUUAUGGAGGAUGCAGCAAGCCCCCGCCGCGAGUCCCAGACCAGCUGGGACGACAUCUGGAGCCGCCCGCAAGGCGCGAAGCGCAAGCGUGAAGACAAGCCGAGGGGGGAGAGUUGGCAGGAGGGGGGGAUGAGUGAUGUUGCGUGGGCGGAGCUCUGGAGCGGGCGACCGAAGCCGAAGCGGAAGUGUGAGGAUCAGGCGAAGGUGGAGGGGUGGCGCGGGGAGGGUGAGGAUGAGAUGGAUUGGGAGGGGGAUAGUACGUUUGAUUAUUUUGGGAGGAGUGGUGCUGAGAGGUACAUGUAG